CUCGCCUGCGGCCCCCCCACCCGGCCUCUCCCAUCUCUUCCAUGAGGAAUCCUGAUCCCCUCGGCACCUCGGACGGUGCCGACUUGACCAGCAUAGGAGGGGAUCAUCACCUCUCGUGGAUACAACACAACAAUCACUUGCCAUUGUCCACCCCACUCCCACCCACACCACCCCAGCAUCAGCAGCCCCUAGGGCUACCCCUGCCCCUGCCCCUACCACCACCACUGCUACCACCACCACAACAACCUCCACCACGCUCACUAGAAUCGUCACUGCAACAUCCAUCGCACGACCCACCACCGACAGGGCACGCGCCCUCGCCACCUUGUCUGGCCGUCGCUUCAUCCCAACCGGGGACCGUCGCCGAUACUCUUCUUGCUUCUCCAGAGCUCCUAGUCCUCAUGAACGGCCAACCUCCUACUCCACCCACUGCAAAUUCCGCAAUGGCCGACUCUAUGCACGACUCUUCGAGCUCGGCCACCUCCGACGCCGAGGCAAGGUCAAGGCCAGAUCCCAUCAGGCAGCCAUCGGACAAGGAUCUACCGACCACUGCUCCCAAGAAGGUCGAUGUGUCGCACUUUCCUCACUAUGGUCUCAAGAGAGGCAUGGCAUGCACGUUCUGUCGCCGCCGCAAGCUGCGCUGCUCUGGCGACCGACCAACAUGCUCCAACUGUAUCAAGUACACAAAGGUGUGCGAGUACGGGCCGCCAGUCAAGGAGCCCAAGCCAAAUUCCCGCCAAAACUCGCAGCAAAGCUCGUCCUCUGUACCUCGUUACUCGAUACCAGGACCUGACGUCCUCAUGCCCUCCCAGGUCUUGCCCAUCCAGCAACACGGGCCAUCGGGCCUACCGUCUCAAUCCGGAGUGUACAACGCCCAGGCCGUGCCUCAGCAGUACAACUAUCUCAUGCCUACAGCCACCCAAAAUGACGGCUUGGGAAUCGCGGGAAUGGCCGGCGCCGGGUUCCAGCCCUCCAUGUUCCAACAGCAGUCACAAUACGUGCCCAUGAUGUCCACGCCGGGAAUGAUGCCGUUCGGGACCACUGGCGCCUCUUUUACUGGUGCCCAGGGUUGGCUAGGUGGCGAAGGCAUCGUCCAGACGCAGCCUUUCGACGCAAGCCCUCACUUCCACCAGGGUGUCCUCACUUCCGAGCCCUUUGACAUGGCGCAGGGAAGCUUGUCUGCCCAGCAGCAGCAGCAACAGCUCCCAAACUCGGCGAGCCUCUCGCAGCUUCCUUCCGACACGUCCACGCCCGAGCAGGCCAUCACUAGCCAGUCAACAGACUCCUCGACUCAUGGCGGCGGCACCACUGGCUCAAAGGUUUCGAGCCUGUAUCGUCAUAACGCCAGCCUGCACUAUGUCUCGGAUAUUCAAUCGGUCGAGGGCCUGACGGAACGCCUAGGCGAGUUCCUAUUCAGUCCCAACGCCAGCGCCAUCAGCGAGGAGGAGGCCAUCAAGCGUCGAAAGCAAUCUUCGGGUCACUCGUCCAAGGACAUGCCAGUAACGCCCGGAAGCGUGUCACGGCUACGAACGGAAUAUGACGGUCUACAAGAUGUGACGCGGACGGUGCUUCUCGACUGCUUCCUCGAGCACGCCACUCUGUUCUUCGAGAUGAGCAUCCCGCGCUUCAGGUACCGCAUGACCUUCUCGGACCGCAGACGACCAAACUUGGCCCUCCUCAACGCCAUGUACCUAUGGGCCACGCGCAUCUCCAACAGCCCGCAGAUGGUCAACAUGGAGAAGUACUUCUUCGAGCAAGCGUGCAAAGCCCUCGACUCGUCCACGUCGAGUGUUGACCGCCUCAUUGACUCGGUCAGGGCGGCGAUGCUGCUGGCGGCGUACUCUCACUCGUCCGGACGGCAUCAUGAAGGAUGGUGCCUCGCGGGUUUGGCCACCCGCCUCGUCCUUUCGUGUGGGCUGCACCGCAUCCCUUCGUGCGUACAUCGGCCGGAGCAACCCAAGAACCCCUUCCUCCGGAACCGAUUCUUCCUGUUGCCACCGCCGGAUGACGCUGUCGAGCUUGGCGAGCGGAUCCACGCUUUCUGGGCUGUGUUUGCCAUUGACCGCUGUGGUGCCCUGGCCACUGGCUACUCUGCCGGCAUCCGCGACGAGGACAUCACGACUCCGUUUGGCAGGCAUCUGGCAGACAUCGCCUCUGGGAUGGUGACGGAACGUGACGAUGUCACUGUACGUGACCUCUACAAGGGCACUGCUUCUGGCGCCGAGAACGACACGCAUUACACCAAAUGGGUCAAAUGCGUCGCCAUCCUCGAGCGCUCUGCCAAGCUUGUGUUCCUCGAGCCGGAAGAGGACUCGCCCUACGCCCUCGCCUGGAACCAGUACUCGCUCACGGUACAUCGCGACCCCGGCCAGUCCCAGCCGCCCGAGUAUCUCAACCAGCCAAAGUACCGCAACCCGCGCCACUACCGCGAGUGCUUGCUGGCGGUUGAGCAGCUCGUCGGCCAGAUUGGCGAGGAGGGUGUCUUCCCCGUCUACCGCAAGCUUCACGCCGAGCAGGACGGCAUGGAGCAACCAAACAUACCUUCGAACAUUGUCAUGCUCCACCACUUGAUCACUGCAGUCCACAUGGUUCUGCACGACAUCAACUCGUUGGGCGUGGAAAACACCGAGGCUCUACGAGCGGCGCGCAAGAGCGUGCAGCUCUUCAGAACUCUCCCAAAACUUCCAUUUACGGACGUUGACGCCUUUGUCGUGCUCGUCUGGAGCAUGAUCUCCAAGGUUCUCAUCAAAGAGGUCCACCGGCUCAGCCUCGCCGGGGACCACGAAGGCGCGCGUAGCGUCGGACUAGAAGCGGACACUGUGGUUGAAGAAAUCAACCGAAUCGGCGAGACAAUGUACCUCGCACGCACGCAAGCUCGAGCCAUCGAAGAGCUCAAGAAUGCGGCGUUUGCGGCCGGCAACAAGGAUGCCAACAACCCACCACUCGCCAUGCCCCAGCUCGAGAGCUUCAUGUUCCCCCAACACAUGUGAUGCUCGACAAGCUGGCGGUACACCGAACAUUUAAGACUCGAGCCCCGCGCAAUCUGAUCUCUCACGACGUGACACGGCUUGAUGCCACAACGGACAAUUUAUUCUCAAUCGGCAUUUGUAUAGAAGGAGGAGAGGGGGGCGGAGACGCGAACGAGGAUGACGGAGGGGCAGCAGGGACGGAACGAGCACAUCCAUGGCCAUGACAACUGCGCCACACAUAUAUAUCUCAUCGCCAGCGGUCCCCUACGGGGUAACGGGCCGCUAGUAGCCAUAUUGCAUCCCAUCCACAGACGGCCUCGCGCAUAUAGCCAAUGCCAUUGUGUUCAUCAUGU